AUGUUCUGUGUUUUUCAGAAAGAUUGCAACGAACUUACAACUGCUUCUGCUUUAAUUCAACAAACCAUUAUGUUGGUGUUGAUAUGCUGUCGCUGGAUUCUUCCUAAAGGUGAUAUGACACGUGACCAAUUGUCGCAACUUUUAUUGGUGUUCAUCGGUAUGGCAGCGGAUAUGCUGGAGUUCUCGUCUGAGUCUUUAAAACUGAAGGAAACUGCUUGCGACGAAACACUUAUCUAUUUCGUGUUGACCAUCUGGUCAUGGAGCUUACUGCAGUUCUCUAUCGGGCUUACGGCGACGAAAGCGCGCAAAACACGUGCGGCGGGAACUGGGGUCGGGGCUCGUUCCAAAGCAGCAGUGACGAAGGUCUGCAACUGUUGUGAAACAGAAAUCUGGGCAAUUAUGACAACAGUUGUAAUGCAAGAUGGACCGUAUCUAGUCAUGAGACUGUACCUCAUUAUCAAAUAUAUGCUGCUAGAUCGAAUGAUGCUGUUUUUUACGUGUAAAAAUGGUCUCCUUGUUCUCCUUCAAACGUAUCGUCUUUAUGUAGUUCUGACGACAGAAAAGGAACCGAGUGAAUCCGGUGACGAAGAAAAAGGUGACAAAGAAAAAAAAGACGAAAAAAAAAUUGAAUGUUACGCGAUGACAGUGGAAACAGACAAAGGCGAGCUUAGUGAUAAUUCAAAACCAAUAGUGAUAAAAGAUUCAUGAAAGGUAUUCUAAUAUUCAUGCCAUCUGUUUAAUUGUCAAUUAUCUACCUUAUUUAGGGCUAGAUAGUAAAAACAUUUGGUAAGAGGAUACAAUCAUACAUGACAGUAUAAGAGUGAGGUUGAUCUCCGAAGGAAAUAAAAUUAGAAAGAAUUGGACUAGAGAAACCAGGGUAAGGAAAUUAGAACUACUAUAAGACAAAUGUUAAUAAUUAAAUUCUGCUAUAAAUUAGUUAUUAGUUUAAUACUUUUGAAGAAGGCAAUGUUAGCUAAUGUUUAUUAAAAAAAGAAAAGGAUUUUUGAUAUCACAUAAUCAAAACACUACUUUCCUCCACCAAUCCAGCCAUAUAAGUUAUUUGAGAACUUCACUAUUAUUAACUAGUGAGCAAAGACCGAAUAUUCUCUGCUGGGAAUGGUUAAUACUAAUAAAUAGCAGAAGAGGGUUUGUUAACAAAAAGUUCCUUUUUCAUUUUCCAUUUUAACUCAGUUUCCA